ACAAAUCCCGAAUUACACCGCGUUUUCUAUGUUUACUUUUGUUCGAUGCGAUGAUUCAUUUGGUAAGAACACGACUUGUCAGAGUGCACUUGUCAGUGGCGGUUUAGGAAAUGCCGAAGGUAGUUCCACCACGCCGGUUCGUACCAUUUAGGGUUCAACGCUCCGCCAGGUAUAACGGUACCCUCGCAGGACCGUAGCAACGAAACUAUCCGUCGUCGAUUCUACGGAGGGGUAACAGGGUGAGCGAUACAAAUUUCUUUUCAGGUUUGUCAACUUUAGUCCGUAACGUUGUUUCGAACCUUCUCGCUGCGUUAUCAUUAUCAACAUUAUCAUUAUUAUCACUGUUACUAUCAUUAUUUUUAUGAUUAAUGGUUUAACUACUAUUGCAAGAGAAAUAUAUUAAGUAUAUACUUGUUUCAAGUGUUUGAGAACCCUGCCCGCAAUCAUAAAUAUCAUAUUUUAGAUGACCGUAUGAGACAUCAAAGAUUCGAUACUUGUUUUUAAAAGAUAGCAAGAACUGCUAAGAAAAAUACAUUUGCUUCGAGGCUGCAUCGUUGAAAGCAUAUUUAAUGUACUUUCGGAAUAAAGCUUUUACGUUCGGUUUGCGCGUGUCUCGACGCUAUAUUUCAAUUCGCGCUAUUACUUUAGGAAAAUAAAUGUCUAUCGUGUAAUAUGAGGUAAAUGCAAAAACAAAGUUCAAUGGUUUAUUCAACUUUUGGCACGAUGCACCAAAAAUACAUUUUACCGCAUCGUCGGAUCUGUUUAUUCGCGAACAAACUAAAAUGAUCCGGAUAAAACGUUAAAGCGAACGUGUAUGGCUAUUCCAUUUGUCGGCAGCAUCUUGUUUGCUGUUUGCUCGGUUAGUCGGGCAAACGUUUCACGGUCUGUAAAUCAUUUUUACAUUACCAACAGACCUCGGUGAGCGGCAAUAUUAUUUUUACGCCUACUUCUGUUCGUCCUCCGAUUUAUCAAAUGCUAUAAAUAAUUUUUGAUCAAAAAUGCAGAUAUAAUGGACGCAGGAUACGUGCCCUACAAAUGUCGAAUUCUAUUUGUUUCGUAAUUUAUGUCAUGUUACUAAUGCAUUGUUUGAAUUUACUGGCAAAGUGGAUCGGCCAAAAACUUUAGCGACAUCUGUAUACAAGUUAGGAGAUUAAAAUCGUGAACUCUCGAUAGAUGACUCCAUCAGUCGUGUCGUUGAAUUCAUCUGAAUUUGAAACGCGAUUCACACAACGGCAAUGAUUUUUUCUCGGUGUAUAGCUUUUCAUGUUAUAACAUACAAUUAUACCGAAAUAAUAAAGUUUCUUUGAUCGAUAAAAUAUACACAUACAUUCAUGUACGGUUAAACGAGUAUUGUUCAGGAAAGUACCUAGUGCUUUGACGAAAUGUCAUAUCGUAUCUGUUCCACUAAUUUCAUCGAACAACGUAAAGAACAUCGACGGAAAGCUUUUUCUUUUCAUCAACGCGUGAUUUCGUACGAUUCCAAAAGAUGGGGACAAUCUUGAUCGAAGCUUCUUGUUUCCAAAAUAAUAUGGCGGUGUGCACGUGGUGUCUGCGUCUCUGUGUACCACUCUGUUGUCAAACGUGUAACAAUCCUCGUUCCGCGAUUAUCGAUUCGUCCGUGAUAUCCUCGAAGGUGGAACAGACAUUUUUAUUCGUGAAAAAUGCAUGGUAAUGGAAGGGUGUCGUUCGACGAAAAAGAGCCAUAAAGAGUGGCGACGAAUAGCGAAAAAGGAACGUCGCAGGCGUCUGCGUCGCGCAGCAGCCUCGGAACGAGAAGCGGACGAGGAACGCCUGAGGGCAGCACUCGAGAAAAGCGCGGAAUAUUUAAAUUGGUUGGAACAUUGCCAAGUCGAGGAAAAGGAAAAAGAGAUUCGAGAAAAGGAGGAGCACGAUGAACGAGAACGACUAUGGUUAGAGGAGGAGGCGAGAGCCCAGCAGGAAUGGCAAAUUCUACAGGAACGAAAGCGAAAGGCACGACAAUUGCAGCUGGAACAGGAGGCAAAAAUCCGACAAGAGUUCGAAGCGAAACAAGAAGUGAUUCGAAAGAAACAGGAAGAGGAGAAACGUAAGAGAGAGGAGGACAUUAGAAAGCGGGAGCAGCUGUUGAAAGAGAUCGACGAUUACAUCGAUGAUGGAAUCAAGACCCCAGAAGCUCUGCGCGAAGUUAUCGAAAGUCAACCUGGAAAAGAGCUUUGUCCUUUUUUCAACAAAACGGGUGCUUGCAGAUACGGCGAUACUUGCUCCAGAAAUCAUCGUAGAGUAUGCCUGAGCAAAGUGAUAUUAGUACCUGGAUUUUAUACGCAUUUUUCUCUGGAGAAGAAUUCUGCGGAGUACGAUACCGAUAUCGCGCUAGAAUUCGAAACUUCGGAAACGAGGCAGCAUUUCCGCGAAUUUUACAAGGACGUUGUUCCCGAACUAGAAUCUUUCGGAAGAAUAAAAACCUUGAAGUACUGUUGUAACACCGAGAUUCACUUGCGAGGGAACUUGUACGUCGAAUACUAUACGGAGAGAGAAGCGGCCAGAGCGUUGAGGAGGUUGAAAGGUCGCUGGUACGCUGGUCGACAGCUCAAUUGCGAAUUCGUCAAUUUGAAAUCGUGGAGGAGCGCUGUAUGUGGAAUGUCAAAAUGUCCGAAGGGAAGGGCGUGCAAUUUUCUACAUACUUUUAAGAAUCCGUAUAACGAGUACGACAUUAAAAGCCCACCGAGGUGGACGAAACAGCAGUUGCUUUCGUCUUCUCACGAGGUUGCCAGCAGCAGGAGAAGCGAGCAUAGAAGCAAGUCAAAAUGGGAGGAUGGCAGCGACGUCGAGCAGGGUAAGAACUGGAGGUGGUCUGAAUCUCCAGAAGUUGAAGUGGAACAUCGUUCGAAGACCACUGACAAGCGCCAUCGUUAUUCCGACGAAAAAGAUCCUCGACAAAAAUCUACGCGUGACAAACGAUGCGAUCUAUCCGAGAGAGAUACGCCGGUUAAGCGUCGUCGAUCGAACUCCGAAAAACGAAGUCUCGAAGAGAAAGCCAAAGACGACAACGCUUCGAACGUCCGUGAAUCCCGUAAAAGACGUUUGUCAAAACACCAAAGAAAGAAAGAGGAGGCACACGGUUAUGAUGCGUCAAAAUCACCGAGACAUCUUAACAAAAGACACUCGAUGAACAGUGACAAAAGUCAUCGUUCGAAAACUCGUCGAUCUUCGAACAAUCAUUCCAGAAAGGAUAAGGAAGACUGCGAAAAAGUUAGACGCAAAUCGAAAAAUCACGAUGAAUCUCGCGAAAAUUCUCCUCGAAGAAAAUCCAGUGAUCCCUCUGAAAAAUUCAAUCCCGAGAAAACUGAUAACGCGAAGUACGUGACGCGCGUAAAAUCUAAAUGGGAUAAAGAAAAUUCCGAACUAAUUGAUUCCGAAAGCAUGGAGUCGACGGAUUCGGAUUCAUCCGAUGUCGCCGAUGACAAGAAGCCCAAGGUCUGCUUAAAAAGGUCCGACGACGAAUGGGCUACGACAGAUUCCGAGAACGAAUCAAAGGUCAAAGAUAAGUAGCGACCUGAAAAAAAGAUGUAAUGUAAUUAUUGUAAUUAGAAUUAUAACCAUUUUUUUUAAAGCACAAUUAUCAAUAAAGUGUUUUAUAUUCGAUA